GCUAAUGCUCUGCCAACCUCACUCCCUAUUCUGAGAAUAUUCUCAGUCAUACCCUCACUAUUUUCUCCUUUCUUUCAAAGUUGAACAUGAACUGAUUCUCUCCGAAAUUUGCGACGACCAUUUCCAAGACUUUUCUGCCUUAGCCUUCACAGAUUCCUUGUUAACCGCCUUCAUCACAUUCAGUUUUCCAAAAUUCGUCUUGACAUCCUCUUCAGUAAUCCAGUCUCGCUCCACUAAAUUACUUUCGCCGCCAACUUUAUCGCGACCUCGCUGCAGCUCCAUCACUCCGUCACACGACCGCCCCCAAACCACCUCACAAAUCCCCAGCAAAGAACCGUAACACACGCUCUCCUCUCCAAAAGACCCUACCUAUUCAACAAACACACACGGUUUCAUUCACACACCGAAACCCAAGGGACACUUGACACACCCACAGUCUUCUGUGCCAUUAUCUUCAACCUCUGAUUCUUUUGCUUGAAUGCUCAUCUUUAUUCGCCAUGAAUACCUAUUACAGAUUCUUCUCGCACCACCGCUUUUGUGUGCUACGUUCUCUUCUACCUAAUAUCACUGCAGUUGCUUCCUUCUCCACGACCGCUGGUGCCGACUACCUCGAUUCCGCUCAUCUCAAAUCCUACACCGUGACACCACCAAUCAAACCCUGGCCUCAGCGCCUCUACCCCAAGCGUCUCGUUUUAAUGAUCACUCGUCAACAAAAUCUCGACCUUGCCCUCCAAAUUUUCGACUACGCAGGCAAAUAUCAUCCUGGGUUUUCCCACAAUUAUGAUACGUAUCACGCCAUCAUUCAGAGACUCUCCCGAGCACGUGAAUUCGAUCAAGUCGAAGAACUUCUCUCUCAGUUGCAGUGUUCUGGAAUCAAAUGCGGCGAGCAAUUGUUCAUAAAUGUGAUUCGGAGUUAUGGGCUUGCGGGUAAACCUAAACUGGCCGUUAGAACCUUCUUGCGGAUAGAAUCAUUCGCGGUUAAUCGAUCGGUGAGGUCGCUGAACACUUUGCUUAAUGCUUUGAUUCAGAAUAAACGAUACGAUUGGGUUCACUUGAUGUUUAGAAACUGUAAAACUAAGUUUGGUGUUAUACCUAAUGUCUUUACCUGUAACAUUUUGAUUAAAGCUCUUUGCAAGAAAAAUGACGUUGAGGGUGCGCUCAAGGUUUUGGAUGAGAUGCCUGUAAUGGGUAUGGUUCCAAAUGUGGUGACCUAUACUACAAUUUUAGGUGGGUAUGUUUCUAGAGGUGAUAUGAAUGCUGCCAAGAGGGUUUUUGGUGAAAUUUUUGAUCGAGGAUGGUUACCUGAUGCUACUACUUAUACAGCUUUGAUGGAUGGGUUUUGUAAGCAAGGGCGUUUGAUUGAUGCAAUUAAGGUAAUGGAUGAUAUGGAAGAGAAUGGGGUUGAACCAAAUGAUAUCACUUAUGGGGUUAUGAUUGAGGCUUAUUGUAAGGACAACAGAUCCGGGGAAGCCUUUAACUUGCUUGAUGAUAUGCUUGACAAGAAAUAUAUACCAAGUUCAUCACUGUGUUGCAAGGUCAUAGAUUUGUUGUGCCAGGAAGGAAAUGUUGAACAGGCUGUCGAGCUGUGGAGGAGGCUUUUGAAGAAGAACUGUACUCCUGACAAUGCUGUAUCUAGUACCCUUAUACACUGGCUUUGUAAGAAGGGAAAUAUAUGGGAAGCAAAGAAAAUGUUUGAUGAAUUUGAGAGAGGUUCUAUUCCUAGUCUCUUGACAUAUAACACACUUAUUGCUGGAAUGUGUGAGACAGGGGAACUCUGUGAGGCAGCUAGGUUAUGGGAUGACAUGGUGGAAAGGGGUUGUGUUCCUAAUGCUUUUACUUAUAACAUGUUGAUUAAAGGAUUUUGUAAAGUUGGUAAUGCAAAGGAGGGUAUCAAAGUUCUGGAGGAGAUGUUGGAAAAAGGCUGUUCACCUAAUGAAACUACUUACUCAAUGUUGGUUGAGGGGCUUUCUGUUUCAGGAAUGAAGGACGAAAUAAAAAAGGUAGUUGCAAUGGCAACAUCAAAUGGAAUUGAUAGUGAGACCCGGGAUCUCUUCUUAAGUAAGGUCAAUGAAGUUGGACAUGAUAAAAAUUUAUCUUCAAAUGUCUCAUAAACUGCAGAGUAAAAUGUAUCAUUUGAAAAGAAGCAGACUGCUUGAACUUGUAAAUUGUAAUCGGUGGAAGGUGACUUGUAACAGUCAAGGUAUUUUGUAUAAUGUGGUGGCAUUUUGUGACCCUAAACAUUUGUGGCAAAAUAGAGCCUGGCUUGAACUUGAAAGCAUUAAGAAGUUGCAGAAAACAAAAUAUUACAGGGUUUCGCCUUUAAGCGGUCUAAUUAUAGCAGCGCACUAUUUAGCAAGGUGUCUCACAACUCAAUGUGCAAAGUUGAAGCUCUGAUUUGUACUAUAUUCUAUCUACCUGGAGCGUUUAUAUGCCAAUUCAAGUAUCUUGUCCUACCACUUAAGUCAGGUUGAUUAUGCAAAUAUGCAAUGCGACUAAAUAACUAAUCUGGCUUGGCUACUAUUGUCUCUGCUGCUAAAACAGAAAUUGAGAAACAAUAUUUGCAGGUGGCUCUUGUUCUUUGCUGAUGGCAAUGUAUGAAUUCUGUGAACAAAGAGAUGUGGUGAACUUCUAGCAUUGCUUAACUUGUUGCUACACAUGGAUGGCAUAGACAGUAGCUCAAUCAAUUGUUCAAGAAUUGUUGAAGUAAGGGUGCUUUUGGCAAUUUUAAUGGUCCGUAAGGUGGAGGUAAGAUGAAGCUGUAAUAAAUAAUGCAGUCAUGGUUGUAAAGAGAAAACAUAAUGCUCAAACUAAUGAUGGCUUUCUCUGAUUUUGGAAUCUUUCAAACCCUUUGAACUCAGGGAUUCGGUUUAAUUGAAAUUUAUUUUCUCAACUCAUUCCAUGGAAAUUCAGUGAGCUCGUUUAGGAAUGAGCAGUUCUGGUCUAUUUGUUGUUCUCCGGCCUUUUAUGCAAUGUAAGACUUCAUGAUAAAUAUUCUGCAUUUGUGCUUCUA